AUGACUGCUCCUUUUCCUGAUUUCGCAAAUGAAGUUCGUUAUGAUGAGCAGUAUUUAAAGAACUUCAUGGACAAUGGUUUUGAUAACAUGUUCAAAGAAGUGUACGAAUUCAUCAGCCAAUAUCAAAAACCAACAAAGAAAGGCAUCUUUUCAAAAACUCCACUUAAGCGUGUUCUCACUUUGUUGGAGAGUGUUGAGUUCGUCCUAGAAAGAUCAAAAGCCCAGCAUUACCAUAAAGAAAUGAUUCCGGACAUAACUAACACUUUUAUUGCAAUCCUUCACCCACUCACACCACCAGAAAUCAGAACUAUAGCCGUACGUCUUUAUGUUAUGAUUAGAAAUAUUCUAGAAGAUGAAGCAGAGCAAUAUGUUGAAAAAUUCGAAAAUUUAGUUUUUGAUUUUACACUUCUUCCAGAAGAAACCGUCAACAAAUCAAAAUUAACAAUCAAUAUCGACCCUGAACUUCGAAUUCAAAAUACAGAUCCGAUUAUUCGACCAAAUAAUUCACUUUUAGAGCAUGUAGAGUACGUCUUAUCACAAGUUUUAUUACUCAAAGACAGGACAAGUGCAUUCAACUGCUGGUGGAACAUAAUUCAAAAGAGAUUAAUCAGUGUUGCUUAUAGAUCAGUCACUGAGCAGAUUAAUCCUCAGAAUGCAUCAUACGGAAUUAACGGACUUGUUCCAUGGGUUCUUCAGAAACUAAUUUUAAGUUUUAUCACUAAAGUUUUUCAAAAUCCAGAAUAUCUCACUUGUAUCCUCGGAACAGCCAAUACACCAGCAUAUUUAUACGCUAUACUUAACCAAUGUGCUACAGAUGAUAUCAAUCACACAGAAGCUUUCAAUUUUAUCAUUAAUUUUAUCAAAUUAGUUUGUGACAACAUAACAGUCUUAGAUUCUCUCAAGAAAGCACAUCCCAUUAUAUUCCCACACAUUAUUUUCUGUUUACAGAAGCUUUUCGAACAAACAUUUAUUAUGAACGAUACAAAAGCAGACCAGCGCCUUAACAUAUGCGUAGAUACUCUCAAAAGAACAAUUGUAGUGUUUUACAACGCAUUUGAUGCAGAAGCUCAGUACAAAUUGUGUUCACAGUUGGCAAGUUGGCCGGAGAUCAAAAAUAUCAACUGCUGCCUUCAUGUCUUAUCAAUACUACUCUCCUCGAGUGUCAAUUUGAAGAUACAAGACCCGAAUUUCUGGAAUUGCAUCGUAAACGGCGGCGGAUGCCAAAGACACACGUAUUUAACUGCUGUUGCUGAUUUUGCCUCAUUCUACGCGUUCAACAUUGUCGACAAGCUCUUAAAGUUCCCAAUUCCGAGUAUUGCCGACGCAAUCGCUGGUAUUCAUCAAGAAAGCGACUGGACAGGUGAAAACGAGAUGUGGCUGGAGAAGUUGCUACCUCUUACAGUCAAUCCUAUCGAUAUUUUCUCGUUCUUCCUCUCUAAUAGAGACAAAUUGACAAUUUCUGAGAUCGCGAACGAUAACUCUAUUCAAAAAGUGAAAUUACAACCAUUGAAUAUUUCCGAAUGGACAUUAGAAGAGUGUCUUUCCAAUUCCAGAGCAUUUAUUUCCGCUUUUGACUGGACAAAAUUUUCGGACGAUAUCGACACUCAAUUUUCCGUAUAUUUGGUCGGAGCCUCUUUCAUACAUCCCUUACUGAAAAUGACACAAGUUUUUCCUCCGACACUUGAAUACGACAAAAACUUUUUGAUCAAGGAAUACAUGGCAUGGCUGGACAAGGCUGCUUCACCUAAAGUAACGAACAAAUUAAUCGUCGUCCAUGCACUCAAAAUUUUGGGAGAAAUUAUGUGCAGAAGUGAAGUGAACCAAAUUUUGAAUGAUUUUCAGUUGUCGAACUUCUAUCUGACACUCAAAUCACACAUAGCCGACGACAACAUGAAAGUUAAACAGACUGCAUUGGUCUACGCCUGCAGAUCUAUUUUGGUCGGUUUGAGACAUUCAAAUAUUUUGAUAACAACCGUUUGUAAUUCAAUACAGACAUUGUUGAUUCCUGUUGAAGGUGGCGUAGCAUUGAGUGGGUCUGAGAAGAGCCAGUUCUGUCUAGCUCUUUUCUCAACAAUCGAUAUUUCAAAUAAAAUCGAUUUUGAACCAAAAAGUGACAAAAAUAAGGUUAAUUGUAAACAAAAACUAUCAGAGUUUUGUUUCGGACUGAAUCCAAGACUCCGCAUUGCCACGUUGAUAGAAAUCAUCACUGAAGAGUGCAUAAACAAGAGAAGUGAUGUGACAGAAAAUUGUAUCACUUCACUUUUGAAAUCAUUCAAUCAGCGGACAUUAGAAGAUGUCUACGCCUUCUUUGGACUGUUGAAUUCCUUCCCAUAUCUCGAGAAGUCCUCUCCUGGUUCAAUUACUCGUGUUUUGCAGACUUUCUUGAAUGCAAUUGAGAUUUUUAAUGAAGGAGAUGAGUUUUUGUACUUUUUGACAGUUAUGUUGACAGUUGAAAGUCUCAUCGACUCUUCUUUCAUCAUAGACGUCUCCCAGCACUACAAACAUUUCGAAGUUAUCGCUGCUAAUUGGUCACUUCACAUGGAAAAUUGUAAAUUCACUUCACUUUGCCAACAAAGGUUAGAUUAUUCACUUCUUUAUUUGUCGUAUCAUUUCCAGAGGUACCACUUCCCAAUCGAGAAAGAUGUUGUUGGCGGAGAAAUGAAUGAUUCAACUGUUUUCAAGUCAAAUGAAAUUGACAACAUUCUCAGACUCAAAAAAGAGAAAAUUGUCACUGAUCUUCCUGUUGCAAGAAUGACUUGGAACUAUAAAUCAUUAAACCCACAAAUGGUGGAUAUUUCUGUCAAACCGAAAACCGUUUUAGAAAACGUGACAAUCCCAUCUGCCAGUGACAUUUCCGAGCAACAAAAAUACACGAAACAUUUCACAGAUUUCGUUGACGAUUUGUUUGACAACAAAUUACUAAAUUUGGGUCUCAAAACAAAAAUUUGUCAACCUUCUGAUUUUAUGUCACUUUUGGAUAAGUCACCUCACCUCACUUCCAAUACAUUACAACUUGUGAAAGCACAGAACAUUCCAACGAAUAGUUCUGGUCAUGAAAGUGCUUCUUUCAUGACAUCUCUUGGUUUCUUUGACAAAACGAAUGUUUUUCCGUCAAUUUCAGCUGAAUCUUCCCAGAAAAUGAAAGAAUUGGACAACAAAAAGUUCAUGCACACUAUUCCUGCGAGAUUUGCGAAAUUGGCACCUUCUUUGAAGUCAUCUGAGUUAUUUGAUGAUUUCAAAAACGGUUUGGGUGUCAAAACCGAAAAUGGAGACAUUGUUCAUUCAUCAUGGGCGCAUUCUAUUAUAUUUAACGAGGAGAGGUCCAUUGGAUCUGUUUUGAUUGUUUGGGGAGAAGAAAUGAAUCGAACAGAGAUUGUUCAAACGUUUUCUCUCGAAAAUCCUUUGAGAAUUGAAAUUUAUCCAACAAAAAGUGGUUUGUUUGAUGUGAGAACUUGUUCUAUCCACAAAAUUGCUGAGGAUGUUGUUCAGAUAAAGAGGGCUUUCGUAACUAAAAGAGCUCUUCCUCUCUUCGUUGUUUCGCAAAUUAAUUCUGCAGUUCACGCAAUAAAUAUCAAGGAUAAUAACAACCACGAAUCUUUCUUGUCGAAUGGAAACAUGAUAAGAGAGAUGAAGGAAAAGGAAUUCCAUUCUCACUACAUAAUGUUGUUGUGCGAAAAGAAGAUCCUUCAGGAAGUACAACAAUAA